ACGUUAAGUCAUCAACACCAAAACAUUAAGUUUAUUUUAUGUCAUUAGAGAAGAAUUGGUUCUGGAAAAUUAGAAACAUUUUUCAUGUUAGAUUAAUAGUAAAAUUUUUAAUGUUCAAAUAUUAGUAACGGUACUUACUUUAUUCACAGUGUUCGCAAUUGAACGAUUAAUUAGCUGUUUAUUACGUUACCGCAUAAUUAAGGAUACUAUAUAAAUUAUCGCUAGCCGCAGUUACGUUCACUUAAAUCCAAGGCAGUAAACAGACGGGAGGUAGAAGGUAAAAAGGUGCUGGUAUAGAAAUACAGAUGUCACAGAUUGACUACAUACAAAUGGGUUACAUUUCAUUUCUUGUUUUAUGUCUAGUACUUACUGCUUCCACAGAAUCAAACAACGAUGUUGGAGACAACAGUGAAUUUAUGGACCAAGAUAUCGGUGACAUAGAUACCGGUGACAUAGAUAAACGUUUAUUUGAAAGACUAGCAAGCGGACUUGUGGGAAAACGGCCAUUUGAUAGAUUAGCUAGUGGACUUGUUGGGAAAAGACCAUUUGAUAGAUUAGCAAGCGGUCUUGUAGGAAAACGUGAAUUCGAUCGCUUAGCCAGUGGUUUAGUUGGAAAACGCCCAUUUGAUAGACUAGCAAGUGGUUUAGUUGGUAAAAGGCCAUUCGACCGUUUAGCAAGUGGUUUAGUUGGAAAACGUCCAUUUGAUCGAUUAGCAAGUGGUUUGGUUGGUAAAAGGCCAUUCGAUCGUUUAGCAAGUGGUUUAGUUGGAAAACGUCCAUUUGAUCGAUUAGCAAGUGGUUUAGUUGGUAAAAGAGCGUUCGAUCGUUUAGCAAGUGGUUUAGUCGGCAAACGUCCAUUUGAUCGACUAGCAAGUGGUUUAGUUGGCAAAAGACCAUUUGAUCGUUUAGCUAGCGGACUUGUCGGCAAAAGACCAUUCGACAGAUUAGCCAGCGGUUUAGUAGGAAAACGAUACAUGGACCCAUUAGCUUCUUCACUUGUUGGCAAGCGAGACAGUCAGUGAAAAUACGAUUAAAGUAACUACUAGUCAGUUACUUGUUAAGUUAGUUCAAUAUAUCAAAUAAAAGUCUUACAACGUUUAAUACUUGGAAAUAAAAUUGAAUUUGGUUUCUUAAUGUAAUAUUGAACGACCUUUUCGAAAAACAAAGUUUACAUAUUUUGUCUAAAACAAAUACUUUGGAAGAGAAAAACUGUCAAGUUUAUUGAUUUUUGUAAGGACACGAGGAUGGAUUUAUGUAUGUUUCUUUUGAAAAAAUAGAAUGUUUGUUCACCUUAGAAGAAUUACAAUAAAUAUGCAAAAAUGUUAAAAUUUUAAUAAACAUAAAAUAAAAUUUA